AUGUCCGACGUACCACCAAAAAAUAUUUUUUAUUUUUAUUGUAAGAACAGUAUGACAGUCGAAGCAAAAACGUUCACGAACAAAUCUAAUGGCGAAACAUUCACAAAAGGCACUUACAACGGUAUUGAAGUCUUACGUAGAGACAAGGAUGGUUAUAUAAAUGCAACAAAGAUAUGUCAGCAGUUUAGGAAAGACUUUAGAAGGUUGUUGGAAAAUAAGUCCUGGGAAGAGUAUUUUAAGGCAUUUUGUGAAGAAUAUACCAACCCGCGGAAUUCCGCGGGUUGCUUUUUAUACAAUGCUAAUGCAGAAAUUCCGGAUGAAAUCAAACAGGUUAGAGGAAUGUAUGUAGACCCAAGACUUACAAACUAUAUAGCAAUGUGGGCUUCUCCAAAAUAUUGCAUAGCAGUUGGAAAAAUUCUGGACUCCAUAGACAAGAAAGUUCAUGAGAAAUUAGAUGAAGAAGAACUUGAAGAUACAGCAGAGAAUGCAAAA